ACCAAUUAGACACAUAAAAUAAUUAAAGAAAACAAACAACAUUUGAGAAAGCAUCAAAUGUGAUUUUUAACUACUUUACUAUAACUUAUGAUCCUGCCUGGUGAUAAACGUAAAUUCCAAUGGAUUUUAGAAAAAUCAACAUAAGUAGGAAACUAGUGCCUGAAAAUUWUCUAAAACUUGCGCAAGAUGCACAGAAAAGUAGAGACACUGAAAAGAACGAACUGCUAGAAAAGCGCAAACUACCAUUGAAUGGUUGGACAGAAACACUUAUCGAGGAGCUGGUGCAGCAACUAUCACUGCUCGACAGCAAUAACUUCCCCAAAAAAUCGGGAGUUGGUGAACGCGAAGCSCGCAUAGCAUGUUCGCUCGUUGAACGACGCCAUUAUAAUUUCGGCCAUGGCAUUGGACGUUCGGGUGAUUUGUUGGAAGCGCAACCGAAAGCGGCUGGCUCUACGCUAAUGGCUAAUCUAACAAAUGCAAUGCUACUCGAUCUAAUCCAUGAAAUGGGUGUGCGCAGUUGUCGGAGCUGCUUUUUAGCGCCACUUGCUACCGGCAUGUCCCUGCUCCUAUGCCUACUGACGCUGCGACAACAAAAGCCAGCAGCUAAAUACGUUUUAUGGUCACGUAUUGAUCAGAAAUCCUGUUUUAAAAGUAUAAUUACAGCAGGACUCAAACCAGUAAUUGUGGAGCCACAACUAAAUGAUAACGGUAGUUUAUCUACGGAUUUGCAAGCAUUUGCGGAAAAUGUUAAGGCAAUUGGGGAAGAGAAUAUACUUUGCUUUUGUACAACAACUAGCUGCUUUGCACCACGAAAUUCUGAUGAUAUCAUUAAUGUGGCAAAAUUGGCGGCACAACAUGCGCUGCCACAUGUUGUCAAUAAUGCUUACGGCUUACAAAGCACAUACCUCACACAUCAACUGGAACAAGCACAACGUCUGGGACGUGUGGAUUUGUUUGUGCAGAGUACAGAUAAAAAUCUYUUAGUACCAGUUGGUGGUGCAAUCAUUGCGGGCUUCGAUGAGCAGUUGGUACGCAAUGUGGCCAAGGCAUAUCCCGGACGCGCUUCAUCGGCUCAAACGCUCGACGUAUUUAUGACACUUUUGUCAUUGGGCCGCAAUGGUUAUUUGAAUUUAGUGAAGGAACGCAAGGCAAAUUUUGAAUAUUUACGCAUGCGCAUGCAAGAAUUUGCCAUAAGUCAUGGAGAAAUAUUGUUGGAAGCAAAAGGUAAUCCAAUAUCGCUGGCUAUGAGUUUGAGACAAUUUCAAGACGCCAAMAUAGAACUAACGAAAUUCGGCUCAAUGUUGUAUACGCGCGGUAUUUCGGGUGCACGCGUCGUGGCKGUAGGAGAUCGCCGGGAAAUUGAAGGGCACGAAUUUAUUAGUUGGGGCUCACAUCACUCAGCAACGCUAACUGCUUAUCUAACAAUGGCUGCCGGUUUGGGUAUUACAAAAGCAGAAAUCGAUARUUGUUUUCAAAAAUUGCAGGCUUCUUGGGAGAAAUUUUUCGAGUCAGAAGUCAGAAGUCAGAAAAUAAAAGCAAAAAAAUAGUAAUUAAUU